AUGAGAUCUGUCUCCAAAUCAUGGAAUGCCCUUUUAUCUCAUUCCUCUUUUGUAAAAUCCCACCUCCAUCGUUCCAUCCAUCACAACGAUCAAAUUCUCUUGGUCUUCCAACAUGAAGAAGAAUUUUCUUCUUUUUACUACUUUAAACCAUUCACUGAAAAACUGAGUCGAUGUCUCCGUCUUGAGGUCGCUAAUUUCAUCAAAGUCCCGGUUAACCCCCAAUCCGGACAUACAGAUGGCAUCAGGAUUAUUGGUUCUGUUAACGGCUUAAUAUGCUCUUCUUACGAUAAUCAUUCUGUCAUUCACAUUUGGAACCCUUCUCUUUCAGCCGUGUCAACUCUUCCGCCAUAUUCCACGCCCUCCCCUUGUUACAGUUGGAUCAAAGUCUCUUUUGGGUUUGGGUUUGAUCCCAAAACAGAUGAUUACAAACUUGUCAAGCUCACAGGCCUUAGCGGACCACCCCACAUAUGUCGUUAA